GAAUUGCUAAUCCUAGAGGUUCACAUACUUUCGCCACUCACAGAUAUGUAACAGUUGAUCAUUUUCCUCAAUAAGUAAAUGAGAAUGUCUCAUUUGUUGAAUAUCUUUUAGGACAUCUGAUGGUUUCAGGUCAUAUUUAUGCAGAUAUGUAGAAUAUAUAUGUAGAAUGGUCUUUAAUGUACAACACGUGACACUUAGUUCGCAUAUCAAACUUAAGGCGUGUCAAUGAAAAGUAUUUUAGUGCACCUGUUCACAUUUUUAAACCGCUUUAUCCACUAUCUGUCUCCUUAAAGUGUUUUGUACAUUUUGAGCUUUUUGAAAGUCGCUCUCAAUGAGCGAGUCUGAAUGUAAAUGACAUGACGCAAGUGUAAGGGCUAGCUAAGGCUCAUAACAUAACAUAAGCAUUCAUAAAUUUGAGCCGUGAGGUCGCUAAUACCGAUAAUACCACAGCGUCGACCGAUUCCGGAUUCUGAUUGGUCGAAAGGUAUCGAUUUAUUUUCUAUAACGGCAGCUCUGACAAUAGUGCCGGCUAAUUCUUCUCACGUGUUUAUAUUAAUGCCGUUGUUCUCUACAGGACUUGUAUGAUGGAUGAUCUACGUAACCGAAGGCUAAUAAUAAAUGGAUUUUAACACACACAAAAAAACAUUUUAUUAUUUAACAAAGAAAAUACCAAUCAAGAGUAUGGUGAUGCUUUUUAGACGGAGUUGCUGCUGUUGUUUUUUUAACAUUUAUGGAAGGAGUCUCCAGUGUCAGCGCUUUGUAACAGUCGGAGCUAAAGCUGUAACUUUUCCCACAUUUUCAGGACAGAAGAGUUUACACUUUAUGCGUUCUCGGUAACAUGGCCAACUUUAUUUUGUUAUUUAUUUAUUUAUUUAUUAUUUUUUAAAUGAUUAUUAAUUCAAGAAAGAAAAUAAAGAGAGGCUGGUGAGGGAACGACUGUUUAUAGCUGCUAUAAUGUUCUGUACGACAUGGAUUGUUUUUAUUCUUUACUCUAGUUCGCUUACCAGUUAUUAUAUUAUGAGUUUGAAGUGUGACAAAGGGUUGAGAAAGCUUAAAUAAAGUUUAUAAACAGUAUAUAUAGUACGCUCUCUUUCCGGGUUUGUUUUGAUGCGCCCCCUGCUGGACGCUUCCGCAUUAAAUUCAAAUAAAUUAAAUUUAAAUGGAACGGCACAGCGGUUGCGGAAGUGACGUGGCUUAGUUACCGUCGCUAAGCAAACCCACUCCGUAUCCACUACAUAGCAAGCGGUCGCGUGUCUAGUGAGCAGCGUUUUGGCUCCGAGUCGUUUUCACACGCAGACCCCAGCGGAAAUGGUGUAUUGUUGCGUUUCCUCACCGAGGCUGCGGGUUCGUUUGUCCAAGUUUCAGCUUUAAAGAAGGUGAAGGAGGGCUCAUCUGAAAGAAAAAAGAAGAUAACGAUGUACAGCCCAAAAGAGCUUGAAGGGGAGGUAGAUCAUUCGUUCUUCGACAGUGACUGCGAUGUGAGCAGCACCAAGCCAGAAAACCCUGUCUUCCAGAGGAAGGGGAAUGGAAGCCACACCGAUGAGAAGCUUCCCAGUCAAAUCGAGGGAGAGGUCGAGGCGUGUGGAAGCUUGAAGAUGGAAAAUAAAGAGACUGGGUAUGGAGUAGGAACGUUGGAGAAAGAGAUGUCCGGACUUGAGCUUCAGAGCGGGUUGGUUGUGAAGGAUGGUUCUGAAUGUAAGGAGGACAUCGAAAUCAGAAAAGAAGAAGUUGCUUAUCAGGAGAGUGAAAAGGAACAAGCCAAGGAAAGAGAAGAUCCUCUUAAAAAAGAAGAGGCGGCAUGUGGGAAAGAGGACUCCGACACCUCAUCCAGGAAAUCCUCACCACUUCCUCGUUCUGACAUGUCCGAUUCGAGCCACGGCAGCCAAUCGGAUGACUCGUCCAGCAUCUGCUGCUCUUCCUCCUCGUCGGCGGCCGAGGAAGACGAUACUGUUUUUAAAAACGAGGACGAUGGCUACAGACGGAGUGAACCCGCCAAAAAGUCCACAGGUAAAUUCCGCAACCGGAGCCAUAGCCACCCGUCGUCAUCCAGCAAUGGAGAGAGAAGCUCCACCCCCUUGGGCAAGCACUCCAAGACUCGGUCAACCUCGUCACCACGGCGACAACCACGACCGGGAUCAGCCAAUCGGAAGCAAAGGCCCAAAACCAUGGAAACAGCCGAUUCCGAUGAUACGGUGACCGACGUUACUCCUCUGUCCUCUCCAGACGUUAGUCCCCAACAGUCGUUUGACCUGGCCCCGCCCACUUCCACAGAAUCAACCCUACCUGUCCCACCUACUGACGCCUUGGAAACUGUUGAUGGAAAGCAGCUGGAUGUGAAUAUGGAUGGAGAGGAACCAUCCGCCAUGCCGAGCGCAGGCAGGCUUCUGGACAGGGUGUUGCUCGUCUCCACUCCCGGCAACACCUCCGUCAGCAGCCUCAGGAGCACUGCAAGUCAGCGCCAUAAGAACUACACCUUUACCAGCGACGAGGUGCGACGCAUCGAUCGUGAGAACCAGCGGCUCCUGCACGAGCUCUCGCGCUCCACCAUGCGUUCUUCCUCUCGCCCCACCCACCGCUCAUCCGCAACGCCCUUCCGGCUUUAUCACAGCGCCCUCAACAGGCAGCGUGAGCAACAGCGCAUCCAGCGAGAGAACCUGGCCUUUCUAAAGCGUUUGGAGUCAGUAAAGGCGACUCCAGGAAUGAACCGAUUAGAACAGCUAACAGACUACCAGCGCCAAGCCGGGUACCUUGGAAUACCUACACCCCUCAUUAGAUCUACAUCAGGACGAGCUUCCAGAACCUGCAGUUCAACCAGUCCUCACAGAACCAGACCUGAGACCACGAAACCCACCAGAACCACAGCUCCACGACCGGCCUGGUCCUGAUCCGAACCCUCAGCUCUGUCCCAUGCGAGACCGCUCAAAUGCUUCCUGCAAUGCAGCACCUCACAUCUGGGUCGUGGUGAGCCGUGUUUCUGACGGACCUCUCGACCAGGUGAUCGGCUAGUUAUAUGUCGUUGUGUCUUCUUAAAUUUAUUUAUUUAUUAUUAAAAGUAUGUUGACGGGUUAACAGAAGUGGUUGGUAGAGAAGAGACCUCAAUGAUGAACUUAAUCCUCGCACAUAAACUCGUUAUAUAUAUAUAUAUAUAUAUAUAUAUAUAUAUAUAUAUAUAUAUAUAUAUAUAUAUAUAUAUAUAUAUAUAUAUAUAUAUAUAUAUAUAUAUAUAUAUAUAUAUAUAUAUAAAAUAAAAAAAAAAACACAACCCAUCGCUCAAAGCUGCGUCACAUGAACCAGAUUCAGAAAUUUUCUCCCAUGUUGCCGUUCCCAAAACUAGUCAUGAUGUCUAUCGAGGCCAUACGUUACGAUUAUUUCACUUAACAAAAGUCUUCAUUCUUGAGCUCUCUUCAUAAACUUAAAUCUUAGCUAGAGAAUAAUAUUAGCUGACCAGCGAGCUAGAUAACAUAAUAUCCGGGUGGAUUGUGGCACAUGGUGAUUGAUUGAUUGGCAAAUUAGUAUAAUAAUCAUUAGAUUAAAAAAAAAAAAUAAUUCAACGGUAGGCUAUUCGUGUACUUGGUUUUCUCAAGAAAACUGAAAAAUUAUUAAUGGACUGACCCUUGGAUAUAUGACGCACUGAAUACUCUUCUUUACCAUAUUAUGACAAUCUGUGUCUAUUUUAUAAAACGAGGGUUUUGAAUGUACAAGCCAAAUUAAAAAAAUUGACCCCGACUGUUUUCAGAGUACACGCACAUGACAAUCUACAUCAGCUAUUUCUCGAUCAGUGAAGGAAGUUAAGCCUUAUUUUGCUUGAUCCAGUGUUUAUUUUGCAGCUUUACAUUGCACUUGGCAACUUUAGAGAACUAAUGUACGUAGAAUCGCUCAUACGCUCCUCUCGGAGCGCCGUAGUCGAUGCCUAUCUACAGUCCGCUUGCUUUCUUUGUGCCUGAAAUAGCAGUAAGCUUAAAUGAUUAACCUGCUGAUGACAAGACAAUGAAACACUUUGCUUUUACUGUUUUACUGUAAUAAGAGCAUUUCAUCUGUGGUGUAAGAUUAAAUAGAAAUUAUAUACAUACUAUAUAUUUGAUAUUGUCAAAUCUGUUUGCUGAAAUAAAAGUCUUUAAUUUCC